GGUAUGUACCUUAGACCAGCAGACCAGAUAAGCCUAGGUUGCUUAUGUAACUCAGCUUGACCAUUAUACGACCUAUGUACAUAUCUAGGUGCCUAUCAGUUAAAGCCCCAAAUCUUUUCAGCAGCCAAGACCAGGUGGGCUAGGUGACGAAAGAAGUGGAACCUGUCUGCUUUCCAUCGCUGGAAACCCGAAGUAAAGCUCACCGGAGCCAACUUUCUUCACUUCAGCGACAUCUUUUUUUUGUCAAGCAUCACACGAUUUUUAUAAUAUACAAUAAUUGACAAUAGCCCCGUGUGAAACCAUGCCCAUACAUACUAUCCCGGUUUAAACUCUUAUAGACUCCAACAUGCGAAUUCGUCUACCUUUUGCAGGAGUUUUCUUCCUGUUAUGUCUCCUUGCAGGCUACGCAGGACUCUCGUCCCUACAACUCGACACCGUUAUUAAUGAUAAAGUCCUACACCUCUUAACUUUCUUCCUCUUGACCGUUGCUUUCUACUGGAUCAUCGACACGAACCGCCGCCGUACCCUCAACUUCACCGUGGUCGUAUGUACCAUAGGCCUCGGUGUCGGCUCCGAAUUCCUCCAAGGGUUUCUCCCUAACGGACGAGAGUUUGACCCCCUCGACAUUGUCGCCAAUAUUGUGGGCAGCUUGGCGGGGCUUGGGCUAUGUUCAUGGUACCACUUGAGGAUGCUAGAGAGGAAGCGUUCACGUAGACAAUACAAUGCUGUUCCAGGGGAGGACCCCACAGAUCUCGAGCUCGAUGAGGAUGUCGAGGCUCAAGAAGAGGGUGUCAUGUCAGCAGCCGAAAACGAAAGGGCCAAUACACUCGAGGAGGAAGUCGACAACUGGGACGAAAACGCUGUGGACGCAUGGGAUGAGGGCGAAGACGAGGGCGAUAUAGGCGUUAACAAUGGCCAAACGACCGAGCAAAACGGAGGAGAAACAAUCGAUACCAAGAAACGAGUCGACUGAGAGCGUUAUGAGAAUACGAUGCAACGGGUGGACGGAUUGAAUGAUACCUUUUCCUCAGGGGUAAACAUAAAACAUGUUCACUUACACGGCAUAAGCUGGAUUCAGUUGUUUGGCAAGGCUCCAGGGAUCAUGGCGUUUGUAAGAGGUAGGAUGAAAUUGGCGUGACAUCACAGGCUAUCAAAAGGG